UGAACAGGGGUCAUGUUGUGCAUCAAAGGGUUAAUUCUGCUCCGGCGGCGUGACGUCACAGGGCUGCGCGCGCUCCCGCAUCUGUUGUGAUUCGGCUCAAGAAAGAAAAACUCCUGCUGAAGCGACUGAGAUCCACGUGACACUGUUAUAAAGAUGGCGAUUAUUAAAGAGGAGAGUGAAGACUUCAGGAUUGAAGCAGUGUUUAGUCUGAAACAAGAAGAGACUGAGGAACAAACAGGCCUGCUGGUGCUGAAAGAGGAGAAUCAAGAUCCGAAUGAAAUGGAACAGACAGAUCAGUAUGAAAAACACCAUGAUUUAAUAACUGUUGAAAAAGCCAUACAGAUUAAAAAGGCAUCUAUACGAAAAAGAGCUCAGAAAACCAAAUCUAACAGCUCUUUCACCUGCCAUCGUUGUGGAAGGAGUUUCAAUGAAAAACAAAAACUUCAAGUGCAUGAGAGAGUUCACACUGGAGAGAGGCCAUUCCCCUGCCAACAGUGUGGAAAGAGCUUCACUCAACAAGGAGCCCUUAAAAGGCACAUGAGAACUCACACGGGAGAGAAGCCUUACACCUGCCAACAGUGUGGAAACAGUUUCACUCAAAAAGGAUCUCUUAAAAAUCACAUGAGAACUCACUCAGGAGAGAAGCCUUUCACUUGCCAGAGGUGUGGAAAGAGUUUCGCUCAAAAACCACACCUUCAAAUACACAUGAGAUCUCACUCGGGAGAGAAGCCUUUCACUUGCCGUCAGUGUGGAAAGAGUUUUACACAGAAAGGCACCCUUCAUUCCCACAUGAGCAUUCACACUGGAGAGAAGCCUUAUACAUGCGAACAGUGUGGAAAGUGUUUCCCUGUAAAACAAAACCUUAAAGUCCACAUGAGAGUUCACACUCAAGAAAAGCCUUUCACUUGCAAGUAUUGCGGGAAGAGUUUCACACAUGCAUGCACCCGUAAUUACCACAUGAGAAUUCACACUGGACAGAAUGUGUUCACAUGUGAUCGUUGUGGAAAGAGUCUCGCAACAGAAUUUAGCCUUAAGUGUCACAAGAUCAUUCACACUGGAAAGAAACCCUUCAAAUGUGAUCAGUGUGGAAAGCGUUUCAUAUGUAUGGUAAGACUUAAUUACCACAUGAUGACUCAUUCAGCAGAGAAAUGCUGUAAAUGUGCUCAGUGUGGAAAGAGUUUCAGUCAUAAAGGUAGCUUCAAUGCUCACAUGAGAAAACAACACCCUCGAGAGAAGCCUGUGGGAAGAGCUUCUCACAAAUAGAAAAUGUUAUUUUUAGGAGAGAGGCCUUUCACUUGUUUCUGUGUGUUCCUGAAACAUUCAAGAAAAUUUAGGAAAUAAAGUGUGAAUGUGACAAGAAGCAAAUUUUAAAAAAGAAAUAAAGAAGCAAUUUUAAAAAUCACCGGCAUAUUCACUUUAGAGGAAGGCCCAUUAACUGUGAUCAAUGUAAUGCAUUUCUUUUGACAUCAAACCUGAUAGACACGCCUGAGAAGUGGCCCUGCAAUUUAAAAUAGCACCAAAAAAUAGGUAUCUGUUUGAAAUUAAAACCUUCACGUCUUUUAUUUGUAUUGUUCACUUUUUUUUUUUAUACUUGUCUGGAGGUUUUUUAUUUUUUUUCCAUAUAUGAUCUCCUGUAUCCACACCUGACUGUCUCCUUUGCGAUAGUUUCAAAUAUUGCAGUAGACACUUUGUAUGGAGACAUUGUGCCAUUCAGUUUACUGGUAACUUGGAUUCAAAAUAUUACCUUUCUGUCUUACUGCGAAAUGCCACAAUGUAACUAAAUGGUUAUAAAUAAAAUGGUGAAC